AGUCCUUGCCAUUCACACAAGGUCACAAGCAUACUCUACGGAAGACAAAGACAGUUGGCGACCACCAUAGCCGGCCGGCUACCGAACCAAACCAUUAACCAUUUUGAGCUAGACUUCUACACACGAACAGAAGAACCGGAAGCGGAUGGCUGAGCUCGCGGCAGGCGCCGUGACCACUCUGCUGAGCGUGAUCCGCAACGAGUCGCGGUUGCUGGGACGUGUCAGGGGUGACGUGCAGUUCAUCCAGGAGGAGAUGGAGAGCAUGAACAGCUUCCUGGCGAACCUGUCGAGGAAGGAGGCCGCCCGCGGCGAGCAGGACGAGCAGGUGAGCACGUGGAUGAACCAGGUCCGGCUGCUCGCCCAGGACUGCAACAACUGCAUCGACCUCUACCUCUACCGCGGCAACUCCGACCUCCACCGCGCCAGGGGCGGCCUCCUCUGGCGCUACGUCUGGUGGCUCCCCCGGUUCCUGCAGAAGCUCGCCGCGCAGCACCACGCGGCCAUCCAGCUGCGUGAGCUCAAGGAGCGGGCGCGGGACAUUGGCGAGCGCCGACUGAGGUACGGCGUUGAGGUCACGCCGAAAGCUCCUGCAGCAGGGCAGUCGCCUGCCGCAGGCGGCGGUUAUGGUGCUGGUGGAGACGAUGAAGAAGAAGAACUCUUGGUGGCAACGGAUUCAGCUGGUCCGAGAGGGCCAUUUUUCAAGCCUCGUACCGUGGAGGAGAACGUCAGGAUGAAGGUGGCCGACUGGAUCAAGUCGGUUGCGGAUCAUGACCUCAACACCGCCGCAAUGACGGACGGAUCAAUACCAUCCAUCGCCGUUGUGGCACCAGAUAAGGAGGAAACCUGUGCUAUUGCACAAGAAGCGUUGGCAACCCGUUUCUUCUGGCGCAAUGUCCUCGUCGACAUCCCAGCAGUGCACUUCUAUUCUCAACAUCUACGAGCCAAGGACAUCCUCUACUACAUCCUGCGAGAGCUCCAGCCCAAACCACAGCCCAAGCAACACGCAGGCACUGCAAUCCAGGGCGCGGGAGAGGAAGACAAGCAGUCCCAGCAACAGGCGGCAGGCACUGCAAUUCAAGGCGCGGGAGAGCAAGAGAUCAAGCAGGACAUCGCCACAAUAAAAUCUGCAAUUUCCGAGGGAAAAAAGAAAGUGUUUGAUGAAAUCACCGCAAAUAUCACAGCAAUGAAGGUUGACAACAAGAUUGCACAACUUGAGGGCAUGAUUGGUGAAGACAAACAGUUGCAGCUCCACGUGGAACAAAUGAAUGAUGACAAGGACCUGCUUGAAAGCCAAAGCAUAACUGGUCCCUUAGGCGUACUCUACCGAGCGCUGUGUCUGCCUAAGUCUAACAACAGUACUGAUGCUGCGUCUGAUGCUACCAAAAGAUCAGACCAAGGAAGUAAGAAAGCCACACAUACAUUACAAUCGUUCGACGGUAUCUACAAGAAAACAGCCAAAAUGCUUAAAAAACAUAUGGAACAUAUGGAAGAAAAUGUACAAGGAAAGACAAUUUGCCUCAGUGAACCCUGUUAUGAAAAACUCCUAAGGGAUAUUUUCCCGACGACCCUGCAGACCCAGGAGCAAGAGCAACAAACCAAGGCCAGCACCAGCACUAUUAUAUUGGGCGAAGACCAAAUCAAGGAAAUCAUGCGCAAGGUCCUACAGGAGGUGCAGGAAGACGUGAAGAAACUAGGCACAGAUGGUAAACAAGAUCGGGAGAAUCCAAUCUCGAAAUCUCUUAUUGACGAUACCAAGAAGAAUAUUGGAGAAAUCCAGCGGAGGAUGAAAGAGCAGCUUGAGAUCAAAGGCAUCAUGGACAAAAUUAAUGAUUGUCUGGAAUAUCGUUAUCAGGAGAUCCUGGUUAUCCUCAAACUAGAUUAUGAUUAUGUGUCCGGAUGGGAGGCGGCCAGAUAUGCUUUGAGCCAGGUGGGUUGCAUAGCCGGUUCACUGCUAUUGAACACACAAGAAAGAAGUUGGAUAGCUACAUCAUAUUGCGAUCCACCAAGGAAGCCUCUAGACUAUUCUCUCCUUGGCCUCUACCGUGAUACUGUCCUCGAGCUUGCAAAGCAGAAGAUGAAUGAAGACAGCAGCUUCGACACCAAGAUUUGUUUUGACAUCUUGGACGAGUGUAAAAAAGAUGAGUUCUGCAUGAAGAUCUUCGUCCAUGCUUUGUACGCCAACCGUAAGAGGAGCAAUGAAGAUCUAAGAAAGCUACACAGAACCCUGCAGCCGCAAAAAUCAUUAGACAUCAUUCGUAAGAAGAUGUUUCAGUUCUCUUACCGUGAUCUUCCUAAAGAAUACAAGUCCUGCUUGCUGUACCUGGCUAUCUUCCAUCAACGACAAAGCAUCAGGCGGUCAACCUUGAUAGGACGGUGGGUUGUGGAAGGGCUCAUAACCAAGGAAGAUUGGCUCAGUUCAGUGUGUCAUGCCAACAGAUGUUUUGAUGCGCUCAUUGACCGAUGGCUCAUUCAUCCUCAUGAUAUUGGUCCUACAGGACAGGUCAAGAGCUGUGUGGUAGAUGAUCCGGUUCACGGAUUCAUUACCAAGAUCGCCAGGAAACAACGCAUUGUGGAAACACGGCUGUCACACCACUUGGCUUGCCACUUCUCCAUUUUCAAUGAUCUCCGCCUCCGCAGCUCUGAUGGAAUUGACAAGUUCUUCAAAUUCCUCUCUGAAUCAUCUCAACCCUCCCUGAUAAAGGUGCUAGAUCUAAAAGAUUGUCCAAUCUUUGAUGGGACGAAGAACGACCAGCGCUACCUCAAAGAUAUCUGCAGCAAGAUGUUACUACUCAAGUAUCUGAGCCUAAGCGGAACAAAUAUUACCCAGCUGCCCAGUGAAAUCAACGAGCUCCGUGAGCUAGAAGUAUUGGAUAUCCGGCAGACCAAUGUGCGUGUGUCUGCAACAGCAAAUGUAAUACUCCUGAAGCUGAAGCGUUUGCUGGCUGGUCCCAUUGGUUCAAGUCCACGCACUAGUAAAAUAUUGACUGUACAGGUUCCUAAUAAGAUCGACAAAAUGUUAAACUUAGAGGUACUGUCCAAUGUCAAGGCACGGAAUAGUCGACAUUUGAAAGAUAUUACAACGCUUUCGCAGCUGAGGAAACUUGGUGUGGUUAUUGAAAAGGACAGGAAUCAGAAGUUUAGAUCAGGUGUUGAGAACAUGGACAAAUACCUCAUGAAUUUUCUUCGAGCUAUCAAUGACCUUAAUGAGUGCCUCCAGUCUCUGUCAGUAACCUUUCUUCCCAUGAAUGAACAUGAAAAAGAUCCCUCCAAUCAGGAAUUCUCAGCUGAGGUUCUCAAGUAUUGGAAGGGACACUCUCCCAAGCUUCUUGAGAGUCUAAGUAUUAGUGGAACCACAGAAAAAGGGCAACUUCUACGAUUGUUGGCCAAAAACGGUGACAAACUUGCCAAGGUAACUCUACGAAGCACGUGGCUGCACCAGGCUGAUCUGGAGGUUCUCGCCAAGGAGCACAAGUUACUCUGUCUCAGGCUCCGAUGCAACGCAUACACCGAUAGGGAGCUCACCUUCAACAAGAUGGAAUUCAAAUAUCUCAAGUUCUUUCUCGUUGAGGACUCCAACAUGACUGCCAUCAGCUUUGGAGAAGGAGCGGCUCCUCAACUCGAGAAGUUCGUUUUGUGUUCCACUGAUGACAUACAGUCUCUUUCCGGGAUUGAAAACCUUCCUAAACUGAAGGAAAUCGAGUUGAAGAACUGCAACCGCAUCCUCCUUUCAUUAUUUGACAAGGCUGAACAUAUAUCCAAGGUUACACUCAGUGGUAUUCUUAUAAAGCAAGAUGACCUGCAAAUUCUUGCCAAUAAACCAAACCUGCACUGCCUAGAGCUCUUGGACAUGUCUUAUGUCGAACACCAGCAGCUUUCCUUCAACAAAGAAGAGUUCUCAAGGCUCAACCUUCUUACCGUUGACCAUUCUAACAACAUCGAGAUCAUCUUCACCGACGGAUCUGCUCCCAAGCUCGACAAAAUCGUCUGGUCCAAGGGCAUGGGAACUAUUCUCUCCGGCAUUGAGAAGCUUCCAAAAUUGAAGGAGCUCGAGUUCCAUGGCGACGUUGUCCCGGAUCAGGUGCAAGAAGCCACUAGGAAACAUGGAAUCAAACUUAUACGCUUAUAGACAACAUACCAGAAAACCAAGAGCUGCAAGAUCCCGAUUCCGCUGGAAGAGCAUUUCCUUUCAUCCAUUCAGUAUCCCCUCCCAUGGUGUGGUUUGUGAGUGCUCGUUUGGUUUUCCCUUGUGUCAUUAUAUUCUGCACGCGUGUCUAACUUAAUUAUUGUGCUCUGUGGCUUGCGGGCUAUCUAUGCCUUUAUUCUGCUUUGUGGCUUACGGGGUAUCUAUGCCCUUGGCUGAGCAUGCGUAAAGGUUGUAUCUAUGAUCACCGAUUUGGAUUUGUGUGGCUUUCAUGCUACAUGCAUGGUUUCCUGUAAUAAGUCGAUAUUUGUGUGCAUAAUGUAAUGUGUGCUGCAAUAUAUGGUUUUAUCCACGAAAAUAUAUAACUACCUGUAGUACUUAUUA